AGUUCAUUAUCAUAAUAUGGUUCCAAUAUGGCGCUCGUAAAGAUGGAGAACGAGCUUUUCUGGAACCUAGCAGUAUUUUAGUGCUUUUAUCUUAUUAGUGAAUUAUGAACAGCGAAUAUGUAGUCAAAAGUAAAGUAACGCAUUUAACAAGCUAAAAAAGUUUGGACGACUCAUUAUGCAGUGAGAAGAGUGUAAGCAUGCCUUCACCUGGUAGAGGAUUUUGCUUGGGGCUUAGAAUGGAUGGAAAUGAAAACAUAGCAACAGCCACUGUAGCCACCCUUCCUAUUCACUCUAACAAUUCUACUCUGACUUGGCAAGGCACCUCAACCAUUCCUGUAAGAACUAAACCAUACAGCCUGGACAAUGACCAGACUAGCACCGGGGACUCUGUGAUCUCCGAGACUGACAGCAGUGUGGACAACAACCCCAAGCCCACGCUGACCCACCCCAGCACGCUGGUCAUGGAGCCUGGACCCGUCAUCAAGAUGGGGACAGGGGCGCUGGGUCAGAGGAAGGGAACUGUUCAUAGAGGUGAAGCGAAUGGCUGGAAAGAUGUCUCUCCCAAGUCAGAAAGUUCUUCUCCCCCCUCGUCGCCAUCAAAAGAUGUGGGAACCGUGGGGAAACUGGGAACCAACAACAUGACAGACGGCAGAGGUAAAGGGAACAGCAGGAGCCCAGUCAAGCUCAACAGUGAAGGGUUCCACGAACUGGGAACCCGCAACGUCAACGUGGCAAAAACUGGCCCCAAGAAGCAAAACUCUAUAUCAAAAAGCCCGCGACCAACUAGAAAAUUAGCCUCUGGAGCAAAAAAUUGCAACCUUUCCACCAGCCCGAAAAAAUCAUCCACCACUUCAUCCUCAUCGUCAUCCUUUGAAGCAAUCAGCCCGAAACGUGGGAAAGCAGGGAAAGGCAAACUCCAUCACAAUUCAGACUUAGAUACAGGGCAGUUGGAUAAGCUAAAGCUAGCAGACAAAUAUAAAAUUAGUGAGAUCACAGAUUUAUCAAAGGGUACAGUGAUAAUGGAAGCUUUGAAUUCCAAAUUGGAUAAAAGCCAUAAUAAUGUGAAAUCCCAAGGUCGACUCACAACGUGGAAAGACAUUUCACCAACAGAGUCAAAAAUUGAAGGUGCAACUGCCCUGUACAAUGAUAAACGGUCUAGACCCGAAAGUGGAUAUUUUUCUAAUGAGGUUCAUAGUGAAUCUAGGGAAGGGAUGGAUGGGUCGCUGUCUUCAGAGAGCGACCACGUCGGGACCAUAAAACAUAGGCCCAAGGCCAAAACAACCAAUCAAAACGAUUCUGACAAAAAUUCAAAAGAGAUCACGCAAAACAAAUUACCGGAGACAACAGACAAUACACAACCUACUGACCAAGACAAUGUACCUACAGACAAUGUUAGGGAUGACAAUUCACACAAUCAAGCUGAAUACUCCAACGAUUUUCCUAAAUCUUCCAACAAUUUCCCAACUGAACAAAACACUGAUGAUAUCCACAAUGCCGCGGAUGAACCUCGUUACCCAUCCAAACCCAGCUCCGCAGUACGGAUGGAGGAGUCUGAAUCUUCAACAUCAUCACCACGGCACUGGAGAGCCCCAGCACCAGCCAGAGACGCUGGGGCUUACAACGGCUAUUCGGACAACAAAUUUGUGCGCAAGGACUUAAAUUCUGUGACCAGUAUGGAUAACAGCGACAGCUUUGACCGCAGCCAGGACCAAAGGGGUUCCCAGGACGACAGCUCCUUCAAUGACUAUUUCUUUGAUGAGGAUUUUAUUGUGCAGUUUGAUGGCAACCUGCAGAGUUCUGUGGGGGUCAUCCUACAAGGAUCUUGUGCUUUCAGUCUAGCAGAUUCAUUAGCGCCUGGUUUCCCAGGUCCACAUAACACCCAACCUCCAGGACAACAGGUUCUGUUACCACAUUCCUUCAAUGGAAGCUACACAGCCUUUGGGGCUCUGAGAGACUCAUUUUUACAGAAUGAAGACCUGUACUCUGGACCCUGUGAAUCAGAAGUUUCCGGAACAGGAAGCCGUACCUCCAUGGACGUCUCCUCAUCAGAAAGGGAGAUGAUGUGCUCUAGUGACAUGCUAGAUUUUCCUGGCAACGAGCCAUUGUUUACACCACCUUGUGUCACUAAUUCACAGCAGGAACAGAACUUAUCCACUGACAGCUUGUCCCGACACCUUGAGUGCGGAGAUGCUGAGGUGACCGCCACAACCAGCCUGAGUGGCAGUAGGUCCUCAUCAACCACUGCUGACAUUACGGUCAAAUGUGGGCCUCACAAGGAUGCUUAUUUCCUCUCCUUUGAUGGGGGCUCACAAGGUAAAUUUUCCACUGAAAGUGAGUCUUCUUAUGUUUCACAAACCUCUUCCCAGGAUGAUAAACUAGGUAGCAGAUCCAUGAGCUCUGGAGGUGAAGCUGAAGAUGAGCAGUCCAGCAGUUUCCAGUUUGCCAACCUCAAGUCAAGAGCUUCAUCAAACUCUGCAGGGGCAGGCAACUCUGGUGGGAGUGCUGUAGUUCCUGUCAGCGGGGAGGCCAAAGGUCGUCUGUGUACUUGGAACAUGAAGGGAAGCAGAUAUCCUGGCAGAAUAUGUCUAGAGGCACUGCAGGAGUAUCUGUCCCAGUCAUCUGGAUCACCAGCAUCAUUGAGUCAAAGUGCUGGCUCUCACAAGUUAUCUCCCCUGUGUGCAGCUCUUCUGUCCAGUGGGGAGCUAGAGAAACACUGUGCACCUAAACAAUCUAAUGGGUCCUUCAUUAAGAGAAGUGGGAAACUAACAACAUGGAAACAAAUCAGAAAUCUGCGCAACCUGGGUAAAACACAUGAGCUGAACGUGGAGAAAUCAAAGUCUUUACCUGAGCUUACCACAAACAGGCUGUUCAGUCGGUUCUCUGAGGAGACGUCGGAUGAUGAGGAGGUGGUCAAGGUGAAGGAGAAGGCUAAAGAGUACAGCCGAGACACAGAGGAGGCGGAGAAAAGUUUCCAUCACAAGAGGCACUCGUCCUACAUCUUGGACUUGUACCAGAGACUCAGGACCCAGUCAAACCCUCCCUCCCCAGACACCCUGGCUAAGAUAGAUCAGAUUUUACUGAGGGAAGGCUUUUUAAAUGCUGAAGAUGUGGUCCAGCCCACAGACCAGCAGCACCAACAGCCCCAGCACCAACAACGAAGCUGCUGCCACAGUGCCACCACCUCCUGCGACUCUGCCUGCUCAUCAGGCCACUAUCCCUUCUACAACAUGUGUGUCCAGCGCAGUGACAUCAUGCAGAAGAAAGCCCAGUUGAGGGCGGAGUUUGAGAACAGGGAGAAGCUGCACCUGGACCUGCACAAGGCAGACACCGGCACCAACACGGCCAACAUGAAGACUGGCUGCACACAGACCCUACGCUCACUCCGGCUGAUGACCUCUAAGGAGACCCUCAUGUCACCCAGUACUGUGACCCUGUGGCUGGGGACAAGGAACUUUUCAUCACAGUUUCCUCCGAGGACUCAAGACUGUGGCCUGCAGACAUCUCUAGAAGGUCUGCCAGACCCCCAGCUCAACCACCAGUACCAGCAGACCUCCCCCUACUCCCCAGAGAAGGAUCUGUUUUCUCUCUUGGAGGAAGUCUGUGGCCGCUACAGCAGAGAGACCAAUGAAGGCUAUCAGAACAAGGACAUGAGACCUAUAUCGCAGGAUGACGGCUGCGAAAGGCCGGUUAAUCAUGAUUAUGAUAACGGGUACGGUUGUGAUGCAAGGCAGUAUGGGUAUAGCCAUCGCAGGCAAGACGAAAACGUGGAAGAAUAUUUGAACGGAACAAACUAUGGGGACUACCAAGCCAGAGAAACCAGCAGAUCUCCCCAGAAGAAUGUCUCUCCCUCACAUCAGAUGCACCGGGCUGCUUCGGCCAACGACUGUUACUUAUCUCGAGUCAAAAACGUCGAUAUUUACCGCAAUGCUAGUCUUUCACCCUCCAGGAUGGGGCUCAACUCGUACUACACUCAUCGCUCCCUCCCAGAUCUAAGUUUCCUUAAAGAGAAAAGAAAAUCAUACCAGGGCUGUCCUAUUGGAUUAAAAACCAGUGAAGAAUCCGCACCAAACUCCCCGGAUUCGUCCCUGUUCGACCCAGUAAAAAUUCCCAUAAUCCUCAGCCCUAUAGUAGGUCAGGAUCAACCCCGGUCCCAUUCCUGCUCCCCCUGCCGGUCCCACUCGUACUCACCCUCUCGCAGACAGACCAUGUCCUGCUGCGGAUGCCCCUGCUCACCAAGGAGCCAGAGCUCGCCGGCCAAAUCAAACGACAAAUUUACAAAAAAAUCAAAAUCCUUCAGCGGAAACUCCCCGACGUACAUCAACAAAUCCAGAGGCUCCCCUUCACUUUGUUGUGGCCAGUCCCAGUGCUCGCCUCACAAAAAACCCGACUUGUUCGCCGACCACGUCCUGACUGAACACAAUAUAAAACAGGUCAACGCCAGGCUUAAAGGCUCCCCUGUCACAAACCUGAACAAAGCCAGGUCAAGCAGCUACGACACGCUAACUCUCCGAGACCAGCAGACCAAAUUCUCUUCAAUAAAACGUACAUCCAGCGUGUCCAGCUCGCGGUUAGAUACAGCUAAGAAUGCUAAAGUUCUUCAGAAAACAACAAACCCAAGAACAACCCGCGCUGUUUCUCACUCCCCGAGCUGCUCAAGGUUGCUGAGAAACGCUGCAACGAAAUCAGCCAGUACCGGUGUGCUGAAUAGACAUGACUCGCGUGAAAAUGUAGCUGCUGGUUAUGAAGGAAGAAAUGGGCUGAAAUCUAAGACAGGAGUGAGGACAACAAACAGCACCCAGUAUCAGAACUCUCCAUGUGAUGGUUAUGACCCUAUAAACUGUGAGGAGAAGGUUGUAGAGGAUGUAGCGGAUGAUGGCCGGAGUGGUAGUGGUGGCAGUGGAGGUUUCACCCCCACAGAGAGCAACUACUCCAGUGCUGUGGGCAGCAGCACGGCCAGCAGUGGCAACAACAUCUCCAAGUCUUCUACCUCGUCCACAUCAUCUUCUUCAUCCUCCUCUAAAAAAGUCACCAGCGGACAGUACGUGGUCAGCUGUUUCUCAUCCUCGUCCGUCUCCUCCAGCAAAAGCGACCAGAAAAACUCCUCCACGUCAACCAUCGAGUCUAAAACCCUUGAGGAAGAACAAAUCACUGAGGAGCUCAGCAGUAUAAAACCAGAACUCAAACCUAACACAACAAGCAACAGAACAUCCAAACUCCAAAAACAAAGUAGUGUUGAGAGCGACAAUGGCAGAGUUGGCUUCAACAAAAAUGGCACUGAACCCAACAAACAGCGGUUGAUUUUAAAGAAAGGAAAGAUUCCAGUUCCAGUAACUAAAGGACCCAGUUCUUCUGGUUCAUUCUCCUCCAAUUCUUCCAAUGGUUCUUCUUAUAGUGUUAAACAGGAUGUCAAGACAUCCAGUAAAUUGCCCACAGUAACCAGGGGCAAGGAAUCCGGGUUUGGGUACAACAGUCUGGAUAAAAAGCCAAAGAAAUCAGCCAUGAGCCGGAACUUGGACAACACUGCAAAGAAUUCUUUACUUCAGAAACAGAGGAACAAAAUUCCGAAGAACUCAUUCAAUGAGGAGAGAAAUGCUUAUAACGACUCGCCUGUCAAUGAGAAUGUUAACUAUGUGGAGAGCGGCAGGGAGAAUGUGGAUGUUGUGGAGAACUGCCAGGAGAUGGAACAUGGGGAGUGUGACUGUGGCCAUGGGGACCAGUUUGAGAACCAUGUGUUGGAGUGUAACCACCAUGAGGUCUGCCACCUGGCCCAGUGCAACGACUGCCAGGAACACAAUGUCCCAGAGUGCAGCUGUGUGGGGGAUAUCCCAUCAGAGCUACAGGAGAUCCUCGGGGAGGACCACACCCCUCCACAGUGUUGUCACUGCAGCGAAAGAUUGGAGGAUGACGAGCAGGUUGACCUUGACCUCAACCCACCCAUCAUCAACGGCCGGGGUUGCGUGGAGAUGCCGGCCGACCUGGAGAGGAUCCUCUUCCAGCCUCCUCACCUGGAGAGCAGCCUGGAGCGGGAGAACCUGAAAGCCGCCAUCAACAGCUGCGAGACCUGCUCCGAGAAGGACCAGGACGAGGCGUCUGUGGACAACCAGUGCUGUAAGAUGAUUGAGGUGGAGGUGGAGAACCCGCCCAGCGUCAUUGCCCAGCUGCAGAUGUUCAGCUCCCUCACCGACAUGAAGACCUCCGCCAGCGGGAACGCUUUGCUUGCCAAGAAGAGCGGAUCCGAAGUGGUACGCAGACGGCCUAAAUCAGACACCCCCUGUAGUGAAUCCUCCUCCAACAGUAGUGCUCAUACUGUUGUGGCUGUCCCGGCUGUAAGCUCAAGUAAAAGGGUCCUAAACGAACCGUACCCAUCCACUGGACACAAGUGUGAACAGGAUGCAGAUAUCUCCGCGGCCAAUGACCACGAGCAUGUGGAAAUAAAAAAACAAGUUUCCCAAGUGCCCCACCCUAAGAGACGAUGGAGCACAGGCUCCUCCCUGAACACGUACAACUUUGAUGCCCUCUAUUCUCUGCAGGAGGAGAGUGGCCACAGCUCAGCCUCCUCCAACCUCUCCUAUGAUGACUUCGCACCCCAGCAGAGCAGCAGCUUCUGUAAGGAUGUUUGGCAUGCUCCAUGGGACCAUCAUGGCAACUGCUGCCAUGAAGAUCACCUUGAGCACCACCACCACCACCACCACCACCACCAUGAGAACAACUGUGUGCCCAGUGUUGAUGAUGAGCUCAUAAGGCGCUACCACAAGUGGCUGCAGGAGAGGAAACCUCUCAAGUCUUGUCUGAGGAAAACUGCUUCAGGGACUUCCCUUGAAAGUCAGGCCCCAACCAAACCACCCCGCAGGCUGAACACAUCCAAUCGCCACUCCAUUGCUUGUGAUGGGAACAUGCCUGUGCUAGUCACUGAGGAUGGUUUUCCAGAUUAUGAUAUUGUCAACUUCAACACUGAAGUUGUAAGAAGGAGGAAGCCCAAACAUAGGGGGCGCCACUCCUCCUCAUCAUCCUCCUCCACAUCUCACUCCACUGUCACCUCCUCCACAUCCUCCUCCACCACCUCCGAGGACUCCUCCAAGUCCAAGAGAGUUAGCUUUGCCUCUGAGGUGUCCUUCCACUCCCCUCACCAGUCUCCCAAAGCUUCUCCCAAACGUAAAGGGGAGGAAGGCAAGACAGUGAUUGAAGUGGAGGCUAUAGAGAUGGGUGGGGAUCUGCUCACUCUUCGUUUGAUUGAAGGAGUCCAAGCAUCAAAGACCAAAUCAGCAGACAAGAACAGCAUUAAGAAAUCUGGCCACCCUGACCAGUCCCCAGCCGUCACAUCAACUUCAUCAGUUUCCUCCUCCCAGUCAUCAGCGGCUACCUCCACCCCUGAGUCUGACGUAAAGGGUGCCAUAGAACCAGUCCCAGCACCUGCGUCUGACCUGAUUCUGGAGCCAACUGCUUCCCUCAUGGAGAACAAUAAUUUAUUGCUGCUGAAAGGUAUUGCCCAGGCUGCUGAUUCUCUGCUCCAACAUUUUGCUCAAGCCAAAGACCCAUUUGAAAAACUGAGGUUAGGCAGCUCAGUUGACUCCCCUGAAGUUGCUGCCCUUGUGUACUGUGAACUCUGCCCUGCUGUGGAGAGGGUGGUGGCCCAUGGGAUGAGAGACUUUGAGAGUGGCGUCCACCUGUUUGGUAAAGUCAAGCUCAGUCCCUGGAGGGUGGCUGAGAUGACAGCAGAACUAGGUCCUUACACUAGACCUCUGCAUGACCUGGCCAAGUGCUUGAAGCAGAAGCAAAGCUUAACCUCCAACAGACACAAGUUCUAUGCUUUUGUAGCUGGCCUGCUGAAUCUAAGAUUACUGGAUUUCUGGCUGGGCUAUGUGCGCUGUAAGGAAAAUUUGGUGCCAAGGGUUUAUCAUGAAGAUGCUUGUCUGCGAGCAAGUCUUAAGGGUAUCCUGGAGCAGUCCUAUAGCAGUCUGUUAGUAGCUCUACAGCCAUUGGCUGUUCUGCCCUUCCAGUUGGAUUUUGGGCCAAUAGCAACUCUUGUUAUGAGUGACAGCUGCAUCAUGGUUACCUCUGGUGUGGCCAACUUUGAGGCCAACAAUGAAAAGUUGACUGAGGCUGCUGUUGAAAUCCACAACUUAAACCACAACGCCCAGCACCCACCCAAGCAGGUUGGCUUGGCCGUCUCCACGACGACGUCGCCCACGGCAACCACUCUGAAAACAACAACCUCAGUCUCCAGCACUGGUGGUGGCAGCUCGGCCUGGAGGUGGUUCAAAAACCCAACCAUCUCCAACGCCCUGGCCUCGGUUGCCGCCAAGAUAGGCUCUUCCUCAUCUUCAUCUUCCCCGUCAUCUGCUGCUAAAGUCACCCCUGACAAAGAAACCGUGGCGGAGGAAGUGAAACCUAAAUCUGACCCCAAGAAAGUUAACGAAGUUGUAAAUGAACGAGAAGUUGAAAACCCAACUGUUAAAGUGAACGGAGCCAGACAGGAUGCGGCCGAGUACACUAAAACAUGCAACAUCAACAUCCCUGACGACUCAUCCCUCCCGGCUGUCGUACGUGACCACAGCAGCCCCGUCGACCGCUACGGCCGAAACAACAUGUCCGAUCUUUUCAUCCAGGAGGAGGAGGAAGUCGUGCACAGAGACGCCAGCACACUCGUCAACAAAAACUUGAGCAGAGUUGCCGAUGGCAUGCUGAGAGCUGAAGGCAGAGUUCAGAGUUUAAAGGUUAAUGAUUCUGAUAAAAGUUUGUCUGUGAAAGUUUUGACUGAAGUAACGAAAGACAGCGACGAGGAUGCCGGCGUCUACACAGAGAUGACGGUCACUAACGAGAACUAUACAAAUUCCAUCAAGUCUGAGGACAUUGAUUGGGAGGAGGUUAGGAAAUACGAAGAGCACGUGCGGAAAGUGGACGAGCCAAUCAAAAUUUGUGAGAACUCUGCUGUGUACACCCUGCCAAAUAUUGAGUUAAUACGUCAGGCUCAGGUUGCCAACUUGCCAGCUGUUGUUGAGGAUGAGAGGGUGAUAGAGAAGUGUUCCAUCAACCAGACUGUAGAGAAAACAAGUGAAGCUCAGGAAGUGGUGAAUGUAGGAGAUAACACGGAACCUAAGACCACACAAGCUGCUGAGAUUACAGCUCCCUCUACUCAAGACAAGGGAACAACAGAACCCGCAGGUCAACAAGAGGGGGAAGACAACACAGCCGCGACUACAACGCAGAUCUCUGAACAAGCGGAGAAAACAAAACCCACCCUUGCUGAGAUCAAGGAUGCUCAAGCUAACCUGAGCCUACCCCUGGAGAAAUCCCAACCGCAGCCCAUCCCGCAGGCACUGAAGAAAUCUCCCAGGUCAGGGUUCAGCCUUCUCUCCUUCUUUGACCGCAUCCUCCUCCCCACAGACAAAAACAAGACGCCCGAAAAAGGAGCAGAAGGUAAAGCAGAAGAAGCUGUUACCCCAGUUCAUGCAGAAAGUGCCAGCCUUCCUGCUCACGGUGCACUACCUAUAAUUCCUAACAUAGAAACGUCUGUGACAAUCACCCAGCCCUCUACCCCAGUCACCCCAUCAAAGCCUGACAAUCUUCCAUUAGACUUAACCAUCAAACGCACAGGGGAGAGCACUCCCAGCAAAAUAAGGUCCAUUUUCUUUAAAUCAAAAGCCGCAAACCCCGACAAGGAGAAGAUAAUUCAAGAAGAGAAAGAACUCAGCUGCAAGAUCAUCACAACAGCCGGUGCAGUGCGCAACAAGAGCGCGGAAAACUUCCCCAAAUCCCGACCACUCUCAGCAUUCAUUGACCGCGACUUUGACUGCAUGGAAUCAAGCGAGGUCAUGGAGUACAAAUCUCAGGCCAGGCCUCUGUCCAUGUACGACGUCCCGUACGGAGAAUCUUUUCCCGUGUGGAGCUCCGUGAUGACCGACAAGUCGACCAGCCCUGCGGCUAAACCCACAGAGCCUGCUGCCACCACCACCACCACACCUACCCCCACUGUCCCCGCCGCCAUCGUCAUCUCCGCCCCCGUGGCCGUGGAAGAGAACUUGUCCGAGGCAUCCCUCAGCGAGUCCGACAGUGAAAGUCGAAAGGUUGUUGGCUCAAUCGAUGUUACUCAGUCUUGCCUAUGGAAUGGGAAAGCAGACAGUAGUUCUAGUGUACCAGAGUACAAGUAUGUGGUGGCCCUGACAAGUUGUCCAGAAGAACAUAAUUCUGAUAAACUUGCCUUCUCAGAAGGGGACUAUUUGCAGGUUCUGGCUCAGCUGGACUCCCAGUACCUGUACUGCUCUUGUGGAAAGAGGGAAGGUUUGGUGGACCUUGCUGAUGUCAAACCAUUUAGUGAGCCUGACAGCUAUUAGAAACAACCCACUUUCACUUUUAUCAGUUGGUUUAUUAUUUUACCAUAUUUGACAAUUUUUCAUCCAGUCCAAUGAAAAGCCAGAUUACAAAAACUAAAGUGAUACAAAUGUUAAAUUAUUUAUUACAAAAAAAAAGUAUUUGAAACUUGACUCAUUAUUUUAUAUCCUAAGUGUUUAUUAACUGCUUGAUUGGAAUACAUUAUCUAAUUGUGCCUAUUAUUUACAAAUUGUGGAGUUUUAUUUUACUAAAAGAAAAAAGUGGAAAGAUAAAAAAUGAUUAAACUAUUUACAAUAUUCAUAUAUAACAGUAAUAAAUUUUAAUCAAUUACGGCUUCCAGCAUUGUCAAAUUGAGUUCUAGGUAUUGUUUCUAGCACAUCUUAAACUUGCACUAGUUAUUCAUUUCUAUUCAUGGUGCUUCAAGAAAAAUAAAAAUAAGGAUUUUGUCUUUACAGAAUAAACUCAAGAAUAUUUGCUCCCAACACGCAAUAACAACAUAUAAUAAAUACUUUUCUUAUUUUUGUAUUAGUUAUGUAUGAUUUAUUAUGAUCAUUUUGAUGGGCAACUGAAGCAAUACAAAAAUCUCCAACAAGUUUAUAGCUUAGCAUAAUUUUUUGUUUAUGAGUUGGGCAUUGAAGUACACUUCUAAAAGUUGACUUAUCUAUAAACGUAACUUGAACCCCCUUUCACCAUAUGGUGCAAUGUAAGGUAACCUAAAAAGUGUAACUCACUAUUUCAUAACAGCAGGAUAUGCAUUGUGAACAAUUAUUUUAUGGAUAUACAUGAAGAAAAUGAUUAUUUCCAUACUCUAUUUUUAAGAUGAAGGCUCCUCCCCCCCCCACCCUUCACCAUUGCAAUUUUUUUUCAAGAGAUUUUAAAACACACACAGCUUUUGAACAAGUAUAUUCAGUAUUUCAAGCAUAGGUCUUGCUGUUAUGUAAACUAAGAGAGGUGUUCACCCAAAUUAUGUCACAAAAAUACUUGUUUAAUGUAAAAAAAAAUUCUGAAUUUUUUUUUCUCUUUAUUCACCUAAACUGAACCUCAUUUCAACUCGCUGUAAAAGUCAAUGAUUUCUAACAAAAUGAAAUGUCAUUGUUUUUUGUGUAUGAUGUUACCAUAUACCUAUGUGAUGUUUGCUUGGCAUAAUUCUAUUCAACUUGACUGUAAUUACAUUUUACCUGUUUAACAAAGUCCCCACUGUGACAACUUUAAUGAUAUAUCAUACAUUGAUCGUGUGCAUAAAAUAUUUGAGACAUUUGCAUGUUAAAUUGCUCAUAUUUGGACGUAAAGUGUUAUGCAUUUAGUAGAUAAAAAUAGUUGAAUUAUUAAAAUAAUAAUAUAAAUUACAAUAAGGUACUUUGAUUAUUUUGGUGUUUAGGUGUUGAUGUAAAUGGCACAUUUUCUAAAAUUGUUUCAAUGAUUGUUCUUACAUGUAGAUUUAGGUUUUAAUUCUAGCCUAAAAUAAUGUUAAAACAGUUUUUGUUGUUACUUGUAGAGCUAGACUUUAAAACCUAGCCUGAAGGGUUGUCACAAUUGUUUUUAAUCUUACCUGUUGAGAGAGAGAGAGUCUUUAAAUUCUGGCCUAUAAGGUUUAUCAUAAAUAACAUCACAUAGCAGAUUAGGGGUGUUUGGGACUAAAAAAUAGUUAAAACCAUAAUGUGAACUCACUGCCAUGAGCUCUUAGUUUUGUCUUCAUUUCUAAAAAAGAAAUGUGGGAAAGUAACAUUUUUUGGAAAGCUGGCCUAAUAUGGGGGGUGAUAUUGACUUUCUGAGGAAAAUCUGUGUCAAGUCACUUCUAGAGUCAGCUCAUUGAGUAACUUCCAUUUCAAAGUUAAAUUUUUUUGCAGUUUUGUACAAGUUUUACUGGCUACAUUGAGGUCAUUUUUAUUUUGUUUUGUGAUAUUUAAUUUAAUUUCCCAACCUUUUAUUUUGUUUUGUUAGCAGCAUUUAAAUUUUUGUUUUCAUUUUUUUUAUGAAAUGAAAAAAAAAAUAUGCUAGUCUCUCUGGGGAUUGCAUUUAUAUAUUUAUUUGUUCCAUGUGAGAGUUGGCUGUGAAAUUUGUCAUUUUUAAUUCAUCAACCAAAGCAUAAGAUUUUGUAUUAAUAAUUUUUAUAUUAACCUUCUUUGUCUUGUGAAAUGUUUGAAUUUAGUGAAUAUUAUUUGCUCAUUUAGCGCUCAUUUGAUUGCAACAAAAAUAAUAAAUUUAUAAUUGUUUAACAGCUGGAAUGAUCAUUAAUGUUAAUUAAUGUUCAUUUUACUUUUGUGAUACACUCACAUAAUAAUCUUCAAACUGUUUUUACCCCAUUAUCUGAGCAGGGUGUAUUUAAAAACUUUUUUUACCAUAUCAUAGCCUGUUCCACAAUAUUGUUUACCUACAGAGUGUGGAUAUUUAUAUUAUCUUCUUACAACUUUGAUUUUGUGAUAGUCUUGGUUCCCUUAUGUUCAACAUGAAUAUUUUAACCUUACUUUGGCUAUGAUUGGAUUUCUGUUUAUUGUAUGUUUAUUAUGUUAUGAGUUUAGACUUCUGUGACUGGCCAGAUUAAUUGUUUUUUAGAAAAGUCAAAAUCAAGUCAUUCCAAAUUUGUUUCUAAAUUUAACUUGAAACAAGUUAGAAAAAAAAAAAAAACGUCUUGUUAAUGUAUUUUAGCAAGAAUUACUCAAAUCCUUAUGACAGUUGAUGUAAAAAUCUAUGUUAUAGUACAUAUAACUUGUACUUAGAUUUUAAUGGGAAAAAAGGCCAGAAUUUUUAUACCUAUUAGUAUUGUGGUUGUAGUUCAGUAAUCAUGUGCAUAUUCGUGUUGCACUUCAGGUCAGUAACAGAUGCACUCAGAUUUCUUUUGGGGUAUGAGGCCAGUAACAUGUAAUCUAAACUUUUUUGAAAGAGAGCUCCACUGUUAUAUUUCCUUGUCAGUUUAUUGAGUAAUAAUAGUCUUUAACAUUCUUUCUGUGUCCUUUGCAUUAUAUCUAUAGAAAUUUAUUUUAUAGAUAAAUUAUUAACCGUUGUACAAGUUACUUGAUGACCUGUACAUGAUACUUGAUGAAGUUAAAUGCUGACCUCUACUUAAUAAUGACCUAUACUUGACGAUAAACUCUUUAGAUCUUGUGAGAACUUACCCAUAAAUCCUGACAACAUCAAUGGACGAUUCAGUGUUUGAUCUUCAAAUCCUGACUUUAUCACACCUAAUGUAAUUAUAUUACAUUUAAUGCUACAGUUUGAUGUAAUUAAAACCUUUGUAUGGUUAAACAUAUUCUCAUGAAAAUUUCAUGUAACUCCUGACUCUACAAUCUUGUUUCAGAUCACCAAUUUCUGAUUUGUUGGUUGUUUUAAUUUUUUUUUUUUUGGCUUGCAUCACUCACUCAACUUGCAUCUACCACUAACCCCAUGCUAAAAUCCUCGCCUUCGUGUUUUCUAUUAUUAAACCAAAAAAAUCAAUGUGUGCGGUGAAUUUGUAUGAAGCACCAGCUAUUUGCCUGUGACUAAACUAUUACUAAAUACAAUAAAUAUGUUCUAUUUAAAGAUUCAACGGAGGAUGUGAUGACCAAAAAAAAAAAACUUUCACUCUGCGUGUUGUGAUGCAUCUCCAGUUUAUUUUAUGCAAUGAUUGCUUUUUUUUCUGCCCUUAAAAUCAGUAUUAUUAAGUUGGCCCUCUUGCUCUGAUGUUGCUUCACAUAAUAGCCAGCACGUAAGCCUAGUCACCACUGUGUUUAGACAUAAUAAAUUUCUUGUCGGAGCUUCUCCAUCUUCCAUGAUUUCACUUUGCCAGAACCAUUUCGACCAUAUUCAUUAAUUGUGUUUUUUCGCGGCAAGUUACUGAAAAGUAGGGAAGAAAAGGAGAAUGCUUUAAAAACUAAUUUGGUUGUCAAAUUUAUUUUUUAAUAUAUUUACAAUACAACAGUUUUAGUUCAAUCAAAAAGGGAAUUUGUUGGCUGUUAUUUUAUUUCGUUUCUUAAUUCCAGAGAUGGGGUAACUUUUUUAUAAAUUCACCUACAAUUUAAUUAAUGCAGUCAUCAUGUAUACUGUGCACUAAAAGACAAGUCAUGACAGACAAAAACAGUUUUACACCUAAGUCUUUAUUUUACAUUUCUGUUAUUAUUAAAACAAUCACUUAUGCAUUUCAGAUCUAGAAUUUUAAGAUAUCUUGGGUAUUAAUGUAAACAUUCAUAUAAUUUUUGUUUAUUAAAAACAUUACUUUUUAUGAAGACUUUUUUCAUAACUAGUGAUCAAGUAUUCUUUUUGAAGCUGCAUGCUAAAAUUGACCUGAGAUUCUUAAUGUUUCAUUCAUUUUAAAGUAUUGAAUCUUGUCAUUUGUGUGAGUAGCAUAUCAAUCUUUUAAAAGAAAUUUAUGUUAUCAACUAAUUUUCAGAAAAUAUAAUUAAGAGAGCCCUUGAGCAAUAGAAUACAUUUUUAUACACUGAAUAUCUUGUUUUAUUAUGAUAAAAAAAAAUUAAAUAAAAUAAUAACUCUUAAUAGGUUCAUAUUACUACUAAAAAUCUAGAUACUGGAUUUAAUUUUUUACAAGACAUUAAAGGCUAGAGAUAUUUAGAUUUAAUCAAGAAAAAAUAUUUCAAUGCCCAGGUUUCUGGUCCAAAUUUAUCUUUUAUCACAUAAGCCUUUUAAAUUGCUUUACUAUUAGAUAAAAAAAAAAUUAGUAUAUGAUUUAAAUCAUACAGGUUUUUUCAUUCUUUAUAAAAAAACAAACUUUUUUAGUAACCCUUUCUAAUGUAAUCUAUUUUAUUUUUUCUUCUUACAAAGAACACAAGCGAAGUCAUUAUUUACAACUAACACUCAUUAAUUCAUUUCAUAUUCUCCAUGUUGUGCAUUGUGCAAUUUUAAAAUGUACUCUCUAAGCAUUAACUGACAUAGAAACCUUUUCUAUGUGUUCUUGUGUGCUGGGAUGAUGUCUCAUGCUUUGAAUGGGAAACGAGCAGCUGUUAAUAUUAUCAAUCACUCCCCCCCCAUCCUUCAUUUAUAUAGAUUUACCAUCUACCUUACAUAGUUUUACAUUUAGUGCAGUAAUCAACCCUUAUACACUAGAAUAAACAUCUUUGAAUCUCAGUUUUAAUUCUUAAAAUUUGUGUGUGUAUAUAUAUAACCUAAGGAUUUGCUAGACUUGAUGUGGGUCUACAUCUGAAGUCUUUAGCUCAUUAUUUUAAUUAUGUAUAUAAUGAAUUAUUUCAUUUUUGUUUUAUGUAUUACUAGUCAGUGUAAUUUAAUUUUGGUUGGUUUUGAAAUGAAUCAGUUUUAUGUACAUAUGUGAUUAAACAAUUGUUCCGUGUGUGUAGUUCUUAUUGUGCAUGUUUUUUAAUUUACCCUUAUACAAAGAUAUAAGGAUUUUUUUCUUUAAAUCUUUAAAGAAAAGUUUUGCCAAUGGCUGUGUCAUGUACAUUAUACAAUGUAAGAUCUACUUCAGAGGAAUGUGCCAGAAUUUCUUGUUUUUAUUUUUAGGUUUCAUUUUUUCCUUGUGACAGACGUAAAUUUUUGCAAUACCUGGCCACUGCACAUUGUAAACCUGCCACCCUUGACCAAAAAUUAAGGGCUGAUCAAAUUUUAAAAAAUCUGGCCUAAGCUUGGGUUAGAGCUGUUCAGACAUUUCUUAACGUACUUGUUUUAAAAUAAUCUUUACUCUGUGUAGCUGUUGUGACAAAUAAAAACCCAGUUAGUGU